AAAACGCACCUCUUUUAACAUAGAUAAAGGCCGGCGAUACAUACACACAUGGCAGGUAGAGGGGUGCGCCGCGACCCGGCGAGUCGCCGCGGCCGCGCUGCGGGCCGAGCCCGAAAACAGAAUGAUAGUGCCAGAGCGGGGCGCAGCGUGUGUUUACGGGCGGUGCGAGCGCCGCUUCAGUCUGCGCUGUACGCCGCGCGAGAUAGCUUUCCAUGCUAGCUCCGGGAGGUCCAGUGACCCAAAGCCUGACGGCAGCGUUGUACUGCGAGGCUCGCGCGCGUCUUCCUCCUGGUAAGUAUACGCGGGCGGCAGGAUGAGAGAGAGGAUGUCUCCCGGCGCGCGGCGUGCAACAUUCUGGGUAAUGUGGCUGGACGCCGGCGCCCGACAGAUUGGGCACCUGGGCUCUUUGGUUGCUCGGAGCCACGCAGUGAGGCAGCGUCGGCAAAACCCGUGCUUGCAGGCGGCGGCGGCGCCAGGGCCUGGCACGCUUGGCCACGUGAUGAGCUUGUCGCAGGGCCCGAGGCAGAUUGAGCACUCGCUUUGCGGGAUUCGCCUCGCAGCUCGCUGGAUCGUGGCGGCCGCGAGCUCCUGCAUGGCCAAUUUGCCCCUCGCAGCUCGCUGGAUCGUGGCGGCCGCGAGCUCCUGCAUGGCCAAUUUGCCGACGUUGCCGAGGUCCAAACCGAGCACUGGGGUUGCGUGGCGUGGGAAGAUUGUACUCUGGCACGGAACUGGGGGAAAUGACGAAUUUUGCCUGGUUUUAUUUUUCUGCGACCGUUUUGAUGUGCCCGGGCUCGGGGCGUCGGAGUGGAGCUGCGUCGUGCCAUCUAUCUUUUCGCGUAUGUGCCCCUUGGCCCUGUCCAAUGAAUAA